CGCAGCGCAGCCUCUGUCAGUCGGUCUCGCGCCGCGCCACGGAACGCACGGCUCCCCGCGCCACGUCGCGCCGCGGCCCCCUCCUCGGACGUGCAAGUUACGCCCCGCGACACGCCGAGCUACUCGACGCACGCGGCUGUGGCUAUGGCCACGCCGAGCCCCGCCCCUGUGACUGGCAGUGACAAGAGUGAUCUGAGUGAGUGAGGGAGUGAGUGAGUGAGUGAUAACCACAGCGAGUCGAGUGCCAAACAAAAAGUAGUGAAGUGCGACAUUGAAUGCGGUCCUCGGCGCCGGAAGACGACGGUCCAUUGGAUUAACUCGCCGCAACCAUCAGAGUGCAAACAGGCUGACGCCGACCCCGCCCCGCCAUGGCGCUGCUCGAGGCGCGGCCCUACCGGCCGUUCAAGUCCUCGGAGGAGUACCUGUACGCCAUGAAGGAGGACCUGGCCGAGUGGCUCAACGCGCUGUACCCGGGCCUGGACCUGGGCGUCGACAACUUCCUGGACCGCCUCGAGACGGGCGUGCUGCUGUGCAAGCACGCCAACGCGGUGCGGCAGUCAGCGCUGGACUACGUGUCGCGGCGCCAGGCGCGCGGCAGGCCGCUCACCGCCUCGGCGUCCACCUCGGGCGGCGGGCUGGCCCUCGCCCUGGCGCUCAGCCUCCGCGGCGAGGUGCGCUACCUGGCCGCCGCCAAGCCCGGCACCUUCUUCGCCCGCGACAACGUGAGCAACUUCAUCGCCUGGUGCCGCAAGGACCUGGGCGUCAUCGAGUGCCUGCUCUUCGAGACCGAGGACCUGAUCGCGAGGAAGAAUGAGAAGCACGUCAUCCUGUGUCUACUCGAGGUGGCACGAAGGGGGGCUAAAAUGGGCAUGUUGGCGCCCAUGCUGGUGCAGCUGGAGCGGGAGAUCGACCGGGAGAUCGCGCUGGAGGCGCGCGCGCAGCAGCGCACCGACCUGGUCCAGGAGGAGGGCAUGGAAGACAGCGACGAGGACGACGACGACGAUGACGACGACAUGGACAACCGCUUCUUGGGGCCCAUGCCGCAGAUCAUCACCAACGACCUGAAGAGCCUCGAUGAGAUGGUGCGAGAACUAGUGGAGCGCUGCCAGUGCCCCACGCAGUUCCCCAUGAUCAGGGUGUCGGAGGGCAAGUACCGCAUCGGCGACACCAAGGUGCUCAUCUUCGUGCGGGUGCUGAGGAGCCACGUGAUGGUGCGUGUGGGUGGCGGCUGGGACACCCUGUCGCACUACCUGGACAAGCACGACCCUUGUCGCUGCAGAAGCUUGCGGAGACCUUGCCACCACAACGUGCCUUCUUGUUUUUCCCACCGCGCUCCGGUGUCCGCCAAGCUGGUGCUCAAGAACCAGGGCUCGCUGGAACUCAACAGCGCGCAUGUCCACUACGAGAGGUCGCCACCGCGCACCCGACGCUCUUCGGCGUCCAGCGUGAGCUCGGGCGGACGGCCGGACAUGGGCUGCCUCCCGGUGCCCACGGUGGCCGGCUACCCUGGGUCGCCGUCGUCGACCCUGCAGCAGGCGACCAGGUCGCCGAGGAACCGCUCGCGAUCGCCGACCCCCGGCCGGCGGGGGCAGUCCACCGGAGCCGCCAAGGUGAACGGCGUCGCCCCGUGCGGGCCCGGGUUGUCGCCCACGCUGGCGGCCAGCACGGCGUCCUCCAGGGCGCGGUCACGCUCGCCUGCUGACCCGAACCCCAACGUGUACUCGCACGUGAACGGCUCGGCGCUGGGCGUACCUGGCGAGCCGAGUCGGAGCCGCAGCCGGUCGCCCACACCUCGCCGGUCCAGCGCCGUCAGCACCGUCAGCACCAACGGCAACCUGGGCGUGCCGGCGGCGCAGCGCGCGCGGCCCCGGGACCGCAGCGCGUCCCCCAACUCGCUGGCCAGCCCCGUGCUCCCUCGCCGCGGCAGCACGAGGAUUCACAAGAGCGCCACGACCAGCGCCAUCGUGGAGCCCGUCGACGACGCCGACUUCCCGCGCGCGCACCGCCUCGUGCGACCGAGGUCGCCGUCGCCCGGACACGCCUGGUCUGCCCGUGCGGAGCCCGUUAUGGAGGUCGGCCGGAUCGUGGAUGUGGUCCCCGCCGACGCCGCUCCGCAGCCCUCGCCCGCGCAGCUGGUGCAGCCCGCCGUCACCACUACCACCGUCGUGGUCACCAGCGGCGGCGACUCGGGCUCCGAGGUGGGGUCCGACGAGGGCUACCGGUCGCUGGGCGUCGCCACCACGCCUCCGGCCGGCGAGAAGCGCAGCAUCAUCGCGGGCGUCCGGGACAACGAGGCUGGCGACAUCCACGAGGAGCCCUCGACCCGGGAGAGCUCUUGCUCCGACUUGUCCGCCAGCGGCGACGUGCUCAACGCCAACAUUCCAGCCCCGGGGACGCCGCGCUCCGUGCGACGCAACCAGACCGGCAUCCCAGCGCCCACGUCCAGGCCGGGCUCGAGGCCGAGCUCCAGGCCGGGCUCCAGGCCUGCCUCCAGGCCCUCCUCCAGGCCAGGGUCCCGCGCCACCUCCAGGGACCGAGGCGACUACGACAUCGAGGAGGCCAUCGGCCAGCCCAGGAGAAUGGCCGAGCUCGGUGGCACGACCUGUGGCGGCUUCUACGCGAAGGCGGCGCCCGGGCCCGGCGGCAGACGCCGGUCGUCCGGCAGCGAGGACCUGGAGGCGGUGGCGGGCGGCCUGCGCCGUCUGCAGGCGGCCCGGGAGGCCUCGGUGCCCACGACGGCGCCGAGCGCCCAGCCGGCGCGCUCCGGGAGGUCCCGGUCGGCGAGCGCUGACCACACCCAGCAGGCCGGUGCUCAUAGAAUCAAUGGGUUGAGCCACCAGCAGCUGGCCGGUCAGCAGCUCGCGCCGCAGCGCCGCUCCUCGAGCAGCGCGGGGGCGGGGUCGUGGGGCGCGGGCCGCAAGCCGCGGCCCUCGCUCACGCCCGACACGUUCACCCGCGGCACGCCGCAGCGCGCCUCGCUGCCCGCGCGCGGCCGCGCCUCGCGCCCCCAGAGCCGCCAGAGCAACGGCAACGUGCUGCCGCAGACCAACAACAUCUCGCCCAUCCUGGAGCAGAUCCUCAAGGGGUCCGACCUGCAGGACGACGCCAAGGUGCUGCAGAAGAUGAAGGACAUCAUCCAGCACUACGCGGCCAUCGUCGACGAGAAGCUGGCGCGCGAGGAGGAGGAGGAGCAGCUGGACUUUACCUCGGCGUGGGUGCGCGGCCUGCCCAGCCAGCAGCAGCAGCAGCUGCAGCAGCAAGGGCAGCAGGCCAGGGUCACGCCGCGCAAGGACGUGCACCCGCAGGGCACCACGUCCCGGAUCCCGGCGCCCGUGGCUGCCGGCAAGCACCGCGUCUGACCGGCUGCUGCCGCCCAGCCGCGGGACGCAGGUGACGUAGGCGUGUCCGGGGCCCUGGCGCUGUUCUGCAGCCCUCGCGAUCGUAAAUGAGCUAGGCGGGACAGCGACACUCCACUCCAGGCCGCGCCUUCCCCGGCGUGCAUCACUUUUACGGUUCCGUCGCGUCCGUCGGUCCCGACACGAAACAGCUGCGGAUGGCCACCACCUCUUGCUGUGCAGCGCGUGCAGGGCCCCGGGGAGAGGACAACACUGAUCGUGUCCUGGAGCGGGGAGGAAGGGGGGGGCGAAUGUAGGGCAGUGGAGGCCGAGCUCACGCGGAGCUCACGCGCGCGACUAUUAUAUUCCGCCGCGCUGCCGUAUGAGUAUUGUGCGGCCUGAGCCACGCGUUGUCGCUGCCGUUGUUACCCAGACGUGCGGUACUGCUGCUGCUGCUGCUGCUGUGCGGACUCUCGGGAGCGGUAGAGAAAAA